AUGACAUCAAACAUCGAAAAAGCCACUCUUGCUGCUGGAUGUUUUUGGGGAGUAGAACAUAUGUUUCAAAAACAUUUUAAACAAUUUGAUAUAAAUACAAAAGUUGGAUAUAUUGGCGGCAAAACCAACAAUCCAACAUAUAAAGAAGUGUGUUCAGGAAAAACAGAACAUGCGGAAGCUUUACAAAUACAAUUUGAUCCCAACAAAGUAUCAUAUGAAACAUUAAUAGAAUUCUUUUACAAAAUUCAUGAUCCCACUACUUCUAAUCAACAAGGACCAGAUAAAGGAUCCCAAUAUCGAUCCGCAAUAUUUUAUCAUUCAUCUCAACAAAAAGAAAUUGCUGAAAAGGUGACACAAAGAGUUAAGGAAAAAUUAAAAAAUGAACAUGGAUUAUACUCAGGAUCAAAAAUAGUUACUGAAAUUAUUCAAGCUGGUGAAUGGUAUGAUGCUGAAGAUUAUCAUCAAAAAUAUUUGAACAAGAAUCCUUUUGGAUAUGAAUGUCCUACUCAUUUUGUUAGAUGGUGA